AUGAAAACCUCUAUCUUCUUCAACAAUAACACCAGUGAAGGGAUGAAGCGUGGUAUUAAAGAGGUGCUUGGGAUAAACGUAGGGAUGUGCAAUAUCAAUUAUCUUGGUCUCCCACUGUUUCGGAAUCAUUGUAAAGAUGCUGACUUUAACUUCAUUCUGGAUAACUUAGUCUCAAAGCUUCAUGGUUGGAAGCUGAAGCCAUUGUCUAAAGCUGAUCGGGGCCAUGAGCUGGGUAACUGGGGUUUAUGUCUUAAGGCUUGGGACCAGCUAUGCCUACCUAAGUCUAGAGGUAGGCCCGGUUUUCGGAAGACGGUGGAAAUGAACCAAGCGUUCCUUGCCAAAUGGGGUUAUGCUCUUAUAACUGACAAUCAGUCAUUGUGUUGUAAAGUUUUGAGAGCAAAGUAUUUGAAAGGCAAGUCGUUCUUCAAAUGCUCGUCCAAGAACUCUGACUCAUUGUUUUGGAAGAAUGUUGUGAAGACUAAGGAAAUUCUUUCCAGAGGAGCCUGUAAGCUCAUUACAGAUGGCAAAGAUACGAAGAUUUGA